AUGGCCAGCCCAAGAACACGACGAACUCUCAAAGAGCUGCGACCUCUCGAUGACAAUAAUUUUUGCUUCGAAUGUGAGGCCAACAAUCCGCAAUGGGUUUCCGUUUCUUAUGGAAUUUGGAUUUGCCUCGAAUGCUCUGGAGUUCAUCGCAGUUUGGGUGUUCAUUUGAGUUUCGUGCGAUCAGUGACGAUGGACAAGUGGAAGGACAUUGAACUGGCGAAAAUGAAGGCCGGAGGCAAUCGGAAAUUCGCUGAAUUCCUUCAGUCUCAGCCGGAUUAUAAGGAGAAAUGGACGAUUCAGGAGAAGUACAAUUCGAAGGCAGCUGCGUUGUUUAGGGAUAAAGUCGCUUGCGAAGCUGAAGGUCGUGAAUGGUCUCAAUCAACCUCUCCAGCUAACAAUUAUGUGCCACCAACUCUCGGUGGAAUGGGGGCUCGAACCAACUCUGGAACCAGCAAGUCGUCUGGAAACUCGUCUCUCGGGUCUUAUUAUGGAGGAAAUUCCAGUUAUUCCCAGUCAGGUGGAGAUGGAUCUUAUUCUACUCAGGAUGCAAGUAGCAAAUAUCAAGGGUUCGGAAAUACUGGAUAUGUCCCCAAUCAACAACAGAAUAACGGAGAUGAUUUGUUAGCUGGAGCGAUGUCUGGUCUUUCAAUGGGUUGGUCAAUGCUAUCAAAAGGAGCUUCUCAGGCUGCUGCGAUGGCUAAAGAAGCUGGAAUUCAAGCUCAACAAAAAGCGUCUCAAUUGAGUGAGAAUGUUUCACAAAACAACUCAAUUUUCGGUGGAGUCGCUAGCAAGGCAUCUGAAGUUGGAACCAAGUCUUGGGAUGGUUUAUCACAAUUUGUUAAAUCGCCGUCGCUCAACGCUUUUUCGGGUAUUCUUUCUAAAACUGGAUACGAAGAUUUCGGUGGUGGCGGCGGUGGAAUGUCUGGUUCAUCGUCUCAAAAUGAGUUCAAUGAUUGGCUGAAGCAGUCAAAUUUGCCACGUGGAACCACGGAAGGAGCUAAUCAUUUUGGUAGUGAAGAAUUAAAACCAACGGAACCCGUGGAAACCCGAAAGAAGAAAGAUAGAAGUCCCAAACCUGCACCCAAGAAAGUUGUCGCUGAAGCCCUAGAGGAAGAUGACACCUCCUCAUCCACCAUUGCUCAAUUCGAAUCUUCAUUCAACAAACCAAAACCAGCGCCUACGCGAGCAGCAGCACCUGCACCAAAGAAACAGGAAAAAGAGAAAGGAUGGGAUGAUGAUGCGUGGGAUCUUCUCAAUCAAUAG